UUUGACGUCACUAAGGAUUACCAAAACAUUUGUAAAUUGGAGUACGUGCGUGCUUCAGAGUUCUAAAAAUUAUUAUUAAAAAAUAUGGGAAAACUGCAACUCGAACACACUUUGAAAGGCCAUAAGGGCAGAAUAUGGGGCAUAGCAUGGCACGUGAAUGGUGUUAUAUUUGCUUCGUGUGGUGAAGACAAAACAAUACGCAUAUGGGGUGUAUCGGAUAAUGUAUGGACAACAAAAACAAUACUUUCAGACGGUCAUCAGCGCACGAUUAGAGAGAUAAGCUGGUCCCCAUGUGGGCAGUAUUUAGCUUCAGCUAGCUUUGAUGCAACUACAGCGAUUUGGUCCAAAACAUCAGGUGAAUUUGAAUGCAACGCUACAUUGGAAGGGCACGAGAAUGAGGUGAAAAGUGUGAGUUGGUCAAAUUUAGGUGGCUUACUAGCCACUUGUUCACGUGAUAAGUCUGUGUGGAUUUGGGAAGUUGUUGGCGACAACGAAUUCGAUUGUGCAGCUGUGCUCAAUUCUCACACUCAAGAUGUCAAACGUGUUGUGUGGCAUCCACAUAAAGAGCUUCUGGCCUCUGCAUCAUAUGACAACACAAUAAUGAUGUAUUCUGAAGGUGCUUGUGAUUGGGAUUGUGUCGCCACUUUAUCUUCACAUACUAGCACUGUUUGGGGUAUUGAUUUUGAUAGCACUGGAGACAGAUUAGUGUCGUGUAGUGAUGACAAAACAUUAAAAAUUUGGCGAUCUUAUAAACCUGACGAAGAAGAAUGCUUUAAGGAGAAUACAUGGAAACUAAUAUGCACUAUUUCGGGCUUACAUACACGUGCUAUAUAUGACGUGUCUUGGUGUAAAAUAACUGGACUGAUAGCUACGGCAUGUGGUGAUGAUGCAGUGAGAAUUCUUAAAGAAGACGAAAGUUCUACUAAAAAUGAACCAACGUUUUCGUUAGAGACAGCAGAAGAUAAGGCACACAUGCAAGAUGUGAAUGCUGUAAAGUGGAAUCCAAAGGUGUCUGGCCAGUUACUUUCCUGUAGUGAUGAUGGUACAAUUAAAAUAUGGAAAUUUGUGGAAUAAUUGGUUGAUGUAUGAGUUUGUUGGGUUAUGUGUACGAAUUAAUAAAAGUUAUAUUCUAUUAUAUAUAUUAAA